AUCACAACGCGACAAGGAAGUGUUGUCGCUCGUGUCCUUCAGUGAUAAACGUUACAAAAGUCUCUGCUUUAGGGACAGUUUUACUCUGUUUAUUCGGCUUUAAUGGAGAGACAGGAGCGGUGAAUAGUGAUAGUUUGAAUCAAAAUAUGUGCUAUUUGUAGUUAUUAUCAAAGCGACGAUAGUGGCUCUACUGAGGCUGAACAUUACAGCAUAAACACACAGUAAGUAAGAUCAAGCUGCGAUGAGUGCUCCUAACUCUUCAGAGAGGAAGGCCUGCUGGGACUCCAGGGACCUGCUGUGGAAGUGUCUGGAUGACAACGGGGACAAAGCUGAAUCCUGCCUGAAGUUCCAGGGCGAGUUCGAGUCCAACUGUCCUGCUCAAUGGGUGAAAUAUUUCAGCAAGAGGAGAGAUUAUCUGAAAUACAAAGCGAAGAUGGAGACCGAAGGAUUCAAGCCGGCUGAAGGCCCUAAGCAACCUUCCUAACCAAAACCUGCACUCUGACUGGCUUUCAGAUCAGAGCCAGAGGAGUUUUCUAACUUUAUUAUGGACUUCACCACUGUGAUUAUUUAUUUGUACAGAGAUUAAAGCUGCAUCCAGGAACAUGCAUUUCACCAGCGACUUGUUUCAAAAUGAUUUGAGCUUCUCUUCACCUGAUCAGCUGCUCUGAGAUGUUUUAAAGGAAACGACGAGAGAGGAAAGAUGGUGAAUCCACCUGGAAAUUACAUGUAAUGUCACUGUGGUAAAACUUUACUAUUGCUGUUUGAAAUUUGAAAAAUUGCCUUUGAUCAAUAAAUGCUGAUCUUUA